AUGGUGCCGCGACUCGGGAGUACUACUUCGAAUGACGGGCCAACGAUCCAAGAGGCAUCGGAGGCAGGCGCGCCGUCGACUGGAAGGUCGCCGACCGCAAGAGAGCACAGUGAGAGACCUGUCGCGUCGUGGAGCUCUGAGGGAACCUUCACGACAGGCCACGGGGCCAGCGACGACCAGGAGGGCUACGAAGAACAGUUUGCCGUUCCCGAUGCGGCUCCCGACGAGGGAGCCGCGACGCAAGUCGCGGCAACCACGAAGCGCAAGUCGCCCAAGAGGAAGAAAAAGAAGCUGCGCGCGCCGGACUCGGCGGAGGAGUCGCUGUCCAAGCCGCAAGGCAAGGACACGGGACGUCAGUACACCGUCGAGGAGGUACG